AAAAGGAAAAUUCAGAUUUUUCUACUACGUAGGCUAAGCAGUUACUAUAUAACACAAUAAAACCAACACUUCUUGUAGUGUCAACUCGACAGCGCCACCGCUUUGACAUCCUUAAAUACACCUAAUGCUAAGAGAAAACUAACUCCUUUGUUCUCUCUUUCUACUAGUUAUCUUCUUUUAACUAGACUAAUGAUGCUGGUUUAAGGAUUGUGCUUGUGAGAGUCAAAAAGCAGAGAAUUUUAGAAACAUUUAAUAGAUGUUUGGGACACUUGAACACUUUUAAUUGUUAAAAUUGUCUGAUCUCACCCCUCCUUUCUCACUCAUCAGGUCACCAAGAAGAUAGGCGUUGUUAGAUCUAAUUCUAAACACGCAUCCAGAAACAAUUUAUUUGGUGUACGGAGUCAAUCCUAUUCAGAAGCCAAUACUGUUAUUGUUGUCCUACUUUCUGUCACUUCAGAAGAAAGUUAAUAGCAACUUCAGUCCUGGUAUUUAGAAAUCUUAUUUUUAUAUUUAACAAAAGCUAAAGGAACCCUCUCUCUAGGAAAGUGGAAACUACAGAUUUUCACCCUACUCCUUAGUCUCCUUAUCACUUUUGUUUUCUUUGUUCUCUCACUGUGUCUGUGCUACUGACUCUUUCCACAGAGACUACCAGUUAAACACGCGUACCCACCAGAGGGCCACAGUUCCAGAGAACCACACUUAACUCAACAUUAGAACACACUUAACAUUGCACAUUAACAAUUCCCCUUUUCUGUUUGCAUUGUUCUACCUUGUUUUUUUUCUUUCUCCUCUCUAUCUCUUUUCAAGGUCUGUGUCAGUUAAAACCCUAAGUCCUCCCCCCGCCGCAAAACAUGGCUCACUCCAAAGAUCCUGUUGGCCACUGGAAGGACCUGGAAACGUGGCUGAGCGUUGUAACAGGCAGUCUCCUCCCUAAAGCUGCCGAAACACUGCAGCCCCUGACGCAAAACCAAUUGGAUGAGAACAUAAACAGCAUCAUGAAGCAAGACCCAAGUCAAAGCUUCAACCACAAGGAGCUGGCCAAAAUCACUGGUACUUUGAGUCACACACUCAUAGCCACCCUCAAGUUGAGUGACAGACACGCCUCCCAACUCCAACACAAGCUGACACGCCUGCAAGCCCGCAUCGAGCAGCUAGAGCUAGAGGCUCAGGAACGUCUGGAACAACCAAAUGAGGUGGAUGAAGGUACCACAGAGGAGAUCAACAAACUACAAGAAGCCCUAACAGCCAUCACAGAACAAAGAGAACAAGCCAGAGCAGACCACGCUGACGUCGCUAACAAGCUAGAUUACGCUGAACAGCUACUGAAGGAAGCGAAGGUGGACUUAAGAGACAAGAAGGCCAGAAUCAAAGCCCUUGAAACUCACCUGAGCGAAGCAAGACAUGAGAUCGACAGACUAAUGCAGGAAGUGGAUGACAUCAAAGAGGAGUCAGCCAGUGAACUCAGGCAUGCCUAUGCACUGCGCUGGCUUCAUUUGUGCCGGAACAAGCCGGAUCCGGCACAUCUAAAAUCUGAUUCGACACUCAUGGGUGUGAACAGGGGAUAUCAGGUUCUCGAAGGCUGUUGGCAUCAGAGGAAGGGAGUGCCUGUUUUUAAUGGUUAUGUCAUUAAGCCCUCGAUAAUCAAUGCUAGGAUGCAUAGAGCCGUCUUUUUCACAAAGAAGACCCUGCUGCGGCCGGAGAUGGGGAGGAACGGAUGA